ACCCAUCCACAGUCCGGAGCCACGCCCAGCCGUCGUGACCUACAGGCCACGCCCACCCGUCGGGAGCGGGCCGCACGCUCCCCGGAAGUGGAGGACCGGAAGCGGCGGUUGCCAUGGAGCCCGCGGAGGACUGGCUCGUGGAAUCCUUGCGCUUGUACCGGGAUUUCCACGCCUUCGCGCUCUCGGGAGCCACGCGAGUCCUGGAGUGGGCUGGGGACAAAGGAGUGUUGGUGGCCGGCUACGAGAGCCAGAAAAAGAAUGAGAUUCUCCAUCUGCUCCUGCCGCCCAGACUGUCUGUGACGGAGAACCCGGUGACUGGGGAUGGGCCUGCGGGUGCGCCGUCUGGUGGCUUAUGCCCAGAAAGGGAUUUCACAGUGCGCCACGGAGGAUUUUCUGACAGGUCUAUCUUAGCGCUGAAGCACGUGCCAGACACCAGGUUGCUGGUGACCAGUGGCCGUCCUGGAGGCCACGUGCAGGUGUGGCAGGCUGCACAGGACAGCGAUGUCCUUGCAGCCGUCAGCACCAUUGCUGUGGCUGAGGGGGAGGGGAAUCUCUGGCCGAGGUUGGCUGUCCUCCCCUCAGUGGCACCCGGCAUCCUCCACGGGGUGCGGCUCAGUGGCCUGAAGAUCGUAGACCUGGAAUCCCACAAGACCACGUACUGUUCAGGGGUUGAAGACUGUGAGGAGCUGAGCUGCCUGCAGGCCCUGGACGCUGACACCUUUGCUUUCUGCAGUGCCUCUGGCCGUCUGGGGCUGGUGGAUACCCGCCAGAAGUGGGCACCAGUGGAGACCCCCAGACCCAGCCCUGUGUCGGGGGGACAGAGGUGGUGCGCAGAAGUCAGGGACCAGGGCCCUGGGCCCCGCAUCGCCAGCCUUGGCUCGGAUGGACAGCUCCGCCUUCUCGACCCCCGGCAGCUCUGCCGCCCUGUGAGCGCAGUCCAGUGCCCGGUGCCCACACCCAGCCCAGACCCGGAGCUGCUGCGAGUGACCUGGGCCCCGGGCCUGAGCAACUGUCUGGCCAUCUCAGGCUUUGAUGGGACAGUCCAGGUCUAUGAUGUCACUUGCUGGGACCUCGCAGGGAGCCACGCAGAGCCUGUCUUCACGCACAGAGGCCACAUCUGCCUGGAAGGAAGUGAGGUGGACCCCACCCCACUGGUCACCACCCACACCUGGCACCCCAGCAAGCCCAGGACUGUGCUGUCAGCGGCCAGCGAUGCCUCCCUGCACGUGUGGGACUGGGUGGACUCCCGCACCCCCUGCUGACCCGAGAGCCUGCCUGCCCCGCCUGGAGGAGGGGCUUGAUGUGCAGGACCCCGUGAUCCCCGGCCCAGCUGCCAGCUGGCGCCUGUCACUCAUCCAGGCUUCCCUGGCUUCCAUUUUCUUAGUUCUCUUUUUAACUUUUUUUAAAUUAAAGCCUUACCCAAGUAUCCCAGGCUAACCUCAAAUUGUGAGUUGCUGGGCCUACAGGUUUGCA